AUGAGAGUUUUGAAUACUUCACUCUACAGAACAGUUUCUCAUCAGUUAUCAUUUAGUCAGCUGAUGAAAUCAUGGAUGCAGAGUAAAUUCAAGAAUAGCUCGUUGAAAAAUUUAAAGGAGUUUAUGAAGGGAUAUCACGAAAAUAUUUCCAGACAAUAUCAAGAUCAAAAACUUAAAAAGAAGGAACAUUUACAAUUUUUAUCUCAAACUGAUUUUUCUCCAUUUACAUUUGAUAUGAAUUCUGGUGGAAUUAUGAAUAUUGUUGGAAAUAUUGCAGGAUUUUUUGGAGCAGCAAAGCAAUCUACAGAUAGAAUCUUGAAAAUUAUUGAUCCUUCUGAUAGCUUAUAUUUUGGAAAUGAUGGAGUCAUGUCACCAAUGAUUGAUCAAAUACCUGAUAGCAGCCAUGCUGCAUUUCAAAACCCAGAUUAUCUCAAGGGAGAUGCAUCUAUUAGAGAAUUAUUACAAUCAAGAGGUUUCAAAUCACUUGUUAAAUUAUUUGGAAAAGAAACCUUACAGAGUGGAUCAUUGAUAUUUCUUGUUUAUUGGUUUGGAAAACACAAUAUUAAGAAGAGAGUAUUUGCAACCAUUCUACUUUUCCUUUUCAAUGUUUACAUGCUGGUAUUUGAUACAAACACAACAAGAGAUCGUUUUGGCUCAAUCAUUCACUGGAACAUUAUAUUUAAUCUGCUUUCCCUCACUCUAUUCCUUUUAUUCAAACAACAUUUGAAUGUAACCACAGGUUACAGUGAACAACGUUUCUUAGAUGAUUGA